CUGAUGGAUUAAAAGUCCAUCAUAACCAAAACAAACAUCUCAUUGACCUGUUAACAUUAAAUAGUUGAUUUGAUACGGAAAUGGAUGAUAAAUUAGUGAUCGAAAAGGAAUCAAUUAUUGAAUUAGCUCGUCACCUGCGUAAAGAAUAUUUGUUCAUCUGUUGUGAAAAGAAAUACAUCUCAGAAUGUAAUGAGAAAGUGAUCCAAAGGAGUCAAUCCAUGUUCCAUUCAUCAUGGAUCAACAGUAAACAGAAAUUGAAUCUUGAAAAAUUGGCCUCACGAAAGGUUUCCCAAAAUCCUGGUGACUUUUGUCUACAAGCAACUGCUUUGGAUAAUGUUUGUUUCAUUGAAUCUUAUAAGAAAUUAUCCUCAUCUCAUGUACAUUUUGCUGAUUUAAUUUAUCACCUUAGAAAGGAUUCAAAGUUGGUCGCUUCAAUUUUACUUGAAGCUGAGAAAGUCUGUUUACCUGAUAUAUCUUCAAUUAUUCCGAUUAUCCUCUCAUCUCUUUAUUGUGACUGUUUACUUCCUGAAGAUAGAAGUUUAGUUCUUUCCCUACUUCAACAAUUAAUUUACAAAAAGAUCGCCAUCGAUGAGAAUCCAAGGCGAUUACUUCAACAUGGAUCCUGUGCCUUUAGUCAGGUUUACAAAAUUUUCUCCGCCACACUUAGAGGAGCUAAAUUAUUUCUAAUUGCUGCUCUUCGUGAACCAGUUAUGUCUCUAUUAAUGGAAGAUGAUCAAUUUCUCGAUAUUGAUCCAGAAAGAGCUCUUACCCGAUUUACCCGAGAAGAGAAGUUUCAACAAUUUGGUAAAGAAAAUACUGAAGAAUAUAAUCUCAACCUUGAGAAACAUCGUCAAUCUACUAUCAAUAAAUUAGUAAAUUUGGCCACUAAAUUCAUUGAUGGAAUAAGUAACAACAUUUUCGGUUUCCCUGAUAGCCUUAGCUGGUUAAUUAGACACCUUUAUAUCGCCCUAAUUGACCGUAAAUCAGAUCCAAUUGAUGGUAAAGAGGUUGGUGGUAUUUGCUCUGAUCUGAUAUUCUCUCACUUCAUUUGCCACGCCAUUGUUGAUCCUGAAUUAUAUGGUAUUGUGGAUACUCACAUAAAUCAUGUUGCUCGUUUUAAUCUUAUGCAAAUUGCUCAGAUAAUUCAAAUCUUGGGAAUCAAUAGAUGGGAAAACGUUGAACAUAAAUACAAAGAUGUUUACUCCCGUUUUCCACCUAAUUGUGUUACCUCAAUUCUUGAUUUAAUCAUAAAGGAUGGUUUUCAUCAUCAAUCUCCAAUUUUAAACGACAAACCAACUGAUGUCCUACGUACAUGUGCCUUAAUUACCGAACAAGAUUUAUACCAAUUGAUGGACUUUCUUCACCAGGUCAACAGUUCGUGUAACGAUCAUGAAACCAAAAGUGUUUUAACAAGUUUACUCUCGAAAAUUCCUGAAUCAGUUCUCACUAAACUCUCAGCAUCAGCAAUGGAAUCAUCGUCAACCACAAACACACCAAUCAAAGGAGAUGGAAUUGGAAACAAUGAAGAAUCUCCUGUCAAUACUAAUAUAAACAGUACUCGAUUAAAGAAAAGUAUUCUCAAUCGUGUUUCUCGUCGUCGACCCGAAUCAGAAUUUCCUCCUGACAAUGUUGACGGAAUCUCUGUAAACUCUAAAAGUCAAUCCGAUUUCACCAAAAUUGAAGUACUCGUCUUAAAUUUUGCUUAUACUCAAGACUCUCACAAUCAAGGGCUAUUAAGUGAAGAUAAAGUAUUAAACUCAUCGCGACGUAAAAACAGGAAAAGCAAAUCGACACCAGAAACUGGAUCAAUAUCAUCGUCGUCAUAUGAUCUAGAUGGAGAUACAAGAAAUGAUACUGAUAUUUUUUCAGAUUUGGUUUCAAAUGAUAAUGAUCAAGAUUUACUCAGUUUAACAAUUGAUCGUUUAUCAUCACUAACAACACACCAAUUAUCCGAUGAUGAACCAGAUUCCAGUGUAUCUCAACAUCAAUCAAGUCUAUUAAUUGAUUUUGAUGAACCUUCAGGCAAUAAAUCAAAUCACACCUCCAGUUUAAUCAAUUCAAAUGAUGAAUCUGAAAGCUUUGAAAACACCAAAAAGGUUUUGAGACAUGUAUUAUCAUGUGGUGAUCAUGAUCAAACUUUACCACAUGAAUUAAUCAUCAGAACUUCAUCCACUUCAUCAGGAGCAAAUCUUCAUACUGAUCUUGUCAGAUUUUUAAUGAGUUUACUUGCGGAGGCUGAUUAUAUGAACAACUCGAAUAAUAAAGUGGCCUUACAAGAAGCUAUUCGUCUCAAAUCUUACGAUGAGAAUAAUUGUCAAAAACUAUUGAGAUCAAUUAGAGAGGAUUAUCAACGAAGAUCACCUUACAUCGCUUAUCUAAUUCGUUGUCGUCAAAGUCUAUUAUCGACAAUUGCUCAAUUUGACAAUAUUCUAGCUCAUCUAAGGCAGGAUAAGAAAAACAUCAAUCACAAUUUGGUCAAUUUGUGUGUCCGUUAUUAUUUGGAAUCGAAAGAAGCUUCACUCAAAGAAUUUAUUGAACAAUUUAAAGGAACCAAUGUUUCCGAUGAAAAGGCUCAAUUGGUUGAAGAAUUUUUAUUCAGUCUAUUCAAAGGAAUGGAAACUGAUUCAGUUUGGCAAAUUGCUUCUGAAGAGCAAGUUGAACACGGAAAGAAAUUAAUCGAACGACAUGUUACAAGUCAAAUCUACAUCUAUGCUUUAUAUCCAAAUGGCGAUGGUGAUGUGCUUCGUGAUCAAAUACUUCAACAGCAUAUUGACAAUCUAUCGAAAGUCAUCACUCCCGAACAUAAUGAUCUCCGUAUACCAAAUAUAUAUCACUCUGAGUGCCCUUGGCCCGCGGCUCAGCAGCAAAUAAUUAUACUGAAUGCGUACAAAACACCAAGAGAAAAGGUUGAUUGUGUAAUUAAAUGUUGUAAGAUAAUCAUGAGUUUAUUGAAACUCGCCAAUGAAAAGUCAAUACCAACAGCCGAUGAUUUAAUUCCCGUUUUGGUUUACAUCCUCAUCAAAGCAAAUCCAUCAUCACUUUUAUCAAAUGUACAGUAUGUUGAAUGUUUUUACGAGAAACAAUUAAAAGGUGAACCGGCCUAUUGGUGGACACAAUUUUCAUCGGCUGUUGGUUUCGUUAAAACUAUGGAUUAUGCUUAAUAUACAAAUUGAUUUACAUCUUUUUUUUUGAUCUUGAUUUAAUCUUCUUUUUUUUAUUUGUUGGUUAUAAUUAUCUUUUAUCAAAUAUUUACAAUUUAACAAUAUAUAUUUAAUAUUGAAUUGAUUAUUUAUCUAUUUUUUUGUAAUCUAUCCAAAUAAAGUUUUAUUUUUACUUAGACAAAA